CUUUAGUUUGGUCUUUAUAGCGGGCACUGCGCAGCUAGUGUAGGAAUUUCCUGAUUCUAAUAACAGCUAUGACAGCGUUAAGCUGAUAUUUCACAACAUUUCAAUUUUGAGACUGCAAGUGUUUGAAGUCAUCACUAGUGAAGAAGAAUCAAAAUGUCUAAGAAUUCCAAUGACAGUAUUUAUCGCAUCCCCCCUUAUUAUUAUCUCCAUGUCCUUGACCAGAAUCUCAAUGUCACCCGACUGGAGAUUGGGCCCCAGACCUUCAUCAGACAGGACAAUGAAAGGGUGGUAUAUGGCCCAGAAAAGAUGAUCACAGUGCCCCCAAGGCACUACUGCAUCAUUGAAAAUCCAGUCGUGAAAGACAAAGAAGGAAAAGUGUUAUUUGAUGAAAGUGGUCAGUCCAAGCUUAGUCAUGCUGACCUGGAGAUCCGUCUUUCCCAGGAGCCAUUCCCUCUAUACCCUGGAGAAGUCCUAAAACAGGUUGUGACCCCACUGAAGGUCAUUCCAGCCAACUCUGCUCUGAGGUUGAGGGCGGUGCUGGAUUUUGAGGAUGACUCUGGGGAGAAGCGGGUGGCUGGAGAUGAAUGGCUGUUUGAGGGACCAGGGACCUACAUCCCACAAAAGGAAGUGGUUAUUGAGGAGACGAUUCGAGCUACAGUAAUUCGCCCAAAUCAGGCCAUCCGUCUCCGUGCAAGGAAGGAGACCAUUGACAGAGAGGGAAAGGCUCGAGUUACUGGGGAGGAGUGGAUUCAUAAGAAAACAGGAGCGUACCUUCCCGGUGCAUAUGAAGAAGUGGUGGACAUUGUCAAUGCCUACGUUCUUACAGAGAAGAAAGCUUUACACAUGAAAUCCUUGAGGACAUUCAAAGAUGGGUUUGGAAUUGUAAGGAAGAAUGGAGAGGAAUGGUUGAUCACAAUGAAGGACAAUGAGACCCAUAUCCCUGGAGUUUACGAGGAGGUUGUUGGAGUGGUAAACAUCACAACCUUGACCUCCAGACAAUACUGUGUCAUCCUUGACCCCUGUGAUGAGUCAGGUCAUCCCCAGCUGGGUCGCAAAAAGCUUGUCAAGGGAGAGCGAUCUUUCUUUUUGCUGCCUGGAGAACGGCUGAUGAAGGGAAUACAGAAUGUCUACGUUCUUGGAGAAGACGAGGGCCUUAUCCUCAGAGCCACAGAGUCGUUCAAAGAUGAAGACACGAGCGAAGAACUUCGUCCAGGAGAUAGGUGGAUGAUUCGUGGCCCCAAGGAGUAUGUCCCUCCAGUAGAAGUGGAAGUUCUGAUUAAGAGGGUAGCCAUUCCUCUGGAUGAAAAUGAGGGUAUCUAUGUGCGAGACGUCAAGACAGGAAAGGUGCGUGCUGUCAGAGGAGAAACCUACAUGCUGAGUCAUGAUGAGGAACUCUGGGAAAAAGAGCUCCCUCCUGCGGUGGAGACUUUGCUUCUGGCUGGCAAAGACCCAUUGGCUGACCGUUCGGACCGUUCCAAAGGUGCAGAGAAGUCCGAGAAACGGGACAAGACCAGGGUUGUCACUUUCAGAGUCCCACACAAUGCAGCUGUCCAAAUCUAUGAUUACAAAGAGAAAAAAGCCAGAGUGAUCUUUGGACCUGAGCUGGUUAUGCUUGGUCCAGAUGAACAGUUCACACAGCUCUCCCUGUCUGGUGGUAAACCAAAGAAACAAAAUGUCAUCAAAUCUCUGUGUCUCCUUCUGGGCCCCGACUUCUGCACAGACAUCAUCACCGUGGAAACUGCUGAUCACGCCAGGCUCUCACUCCAACUGUCCUACAACUGGCACUUCGAUAUCAAGGACAAAAAGGAUGUGGUAGAGGCUGCCAAGAUCUUCAGUGUCCCAGACUUUGUGGGAGAUGCUUGCAAAGCCAUUGCCUCCAGGGUCAGAGGGGCUGUUGCUCAAGUACAGUUUGACGAUUUCCACAAGAACUCAGCAAGAAUUAUCAGAUCCUCUGUUUUUGGAUUUGAUGACAAGGAUAGGGUUCGGGAACAAUUUAAAUUCCCCCAGAAUAAUCUGUGUAUCACCAGCAUUGACAUUCAGUCCGUGGAACCUGUGGACCAGAGGACCAGGGAUUCAUUGAUGAAAUCUGUCCAGUUGGCCAUUGAAAUCACAACCAACUCUCAGGAGGCUGCUGCCCGCCAUGAGGCCGAACGUCUGGAACAAGAGGCCAAAGGUCGUCUGGAGCGUCAAAAGAUCUCAGAUGAAGCAGAGGCUGAGAAGGCAAGAAAAGAAUUGUUGGAGCUGCAGGCUAACAGUGCUGCAGUGGAGAGCACUGGUCAGGCUAAAGCUGAGGCCCAGAGUCGAGCUGAAGCUGCCAAGAUUGAGGGUGAAGCUGCUGUUGAACAAGCCAAACUCAAAGCCCAGGCCUCGAAAAUUGAAGCCGAAUCUGAACUUGAGAGACUUACAAGUGCCAGGGAGGCUGAGCUCAAAUUUCUCCGCGAACAGAACGAAAUGGAGCUCAGCAAAAGCCGAGAAAUUGCUGAAAUUGAGACCUCCAAAUUCAAGAGUCAAGUGGAUGCCAUUGGAGCUUCCACACUCCAAGCCAUUGCUACUGCUGGGCCAGAGAUGCAGGUACGUCUCCUGUCUGCUCUGGGCCUCAAGUCCACACUUAUUACCGAUGGGAACAGUCCAAUCAAUCUCUUCAAUACCGCCAAUGGUAUCAUAGGGGGAAUGGUUCCUGCCAAAAGAUCCCGAAGAUCCGCUCCAGAGUCUGAUGACGACGAUUAGAAGUUGACAUUGUGUUGACAGCUUAAGAGUGCAAUUUUUUAUUUGUGUGUAUGACAUGUGCUUAUUGUGUUUAGACAUGAAAAUUUAACAUAUAUAAUUAUCCCUGAUGAGAAUGAAAAGGUAACAUAUCAAGGCAGCAGGGUUGGAGAUAUGCCUGUGUUUGACAAAGUAUAUGCAUGGUAUCCAUGAAAGCAAUUUGUUUAUGUUUCUAUAUCUAUUUAAACCAGUACAUGUAUAUCCCUUUGAACUGUGAUAUCAAUUGUUCAUGUAGAUACCAGGACUUGGACAACAAAUAUUUUGUAAAAUAAACACUGACCUUGUACAUUUAGAAAGUGCAACGUGUUUGGUACUCUCUGCACAUCUUGGAGUCAUGGUUUAAACAUAGUUUAAUUAAUGCACUUUUUGGACAUGUUGUUACUAGUUUUGUAUCCACUUUUUUCUGUUGAAUAUAGUUUACACUUGUUCUAUUUUCCGUUGUAGUUUCUAAUAUUUAAUUUUGUAUUUGAUUUAAGUUCAUUUCUAAUAUAAUAAAAGAUAAUGCAAAAAUAA